AUGAAGAUUGCUAGAACAGUCACAGACCCGGAUUCUGACACAACCCGAUGGGCUGGAAUCUCGGUCCGUAACUGGCUUCGUCUUCUCGCACCUAUGGCACCCGCUAUCAAAACAUCACUUCGUAAGCGUCUACGGGUGUGCCAUUUCCGACGGCGACGCAACUUUGUAUCUCGUUCGUGUAAUAUGAAAUUCCGAAAUUCUCGAUCGAACACUCGCAUUUUGCCCUUAUCUGAUACGUCGGCUGACGAAAAGUUAGAUCCCGUUUAUCUCGUUGAAAGGAUCAUCGAAAGGAAAUCGAUCAAGGGUCAGAAAUUCUACAAGGUUCGUUGGCAAGGCUUCCCUCCAGAGGCUGACAGUUGGGAACCGGAACAGAACCUAUCAAGUAUCCUAGAUUCCGUUGCUUCGUCUCCUCAAGUGGUGCAUAAUGUGGACUCUCGAGCAGAUCCUCCAAGUGAAUUGCCUUCCGUUGUCACGAAUAUCUCUGAAUCCGUACCGACUUCGCUUUCUGUUCAGCUGGAAUCUAGUUUACGCUCCGAAAAUGUCAUCGGCAUGGAUAGGAAUCGUCCAGCUAAUGAAAGGUCACAUAAAAGGAAGGAUGUUGUCAAGUCUCGUGUCGCUGGUCGUUACGAAUAUGUCCCUAAACACCAGCUGGUUGCAUCAAAAACUAAGUAUUUCGAUGACGUUCGGGAUGGCAAGAUCGAUUUGAGUUCCAAUGAUCUUUAUUCCCGCGUGAAGACACGUCGGCGUGCAAAUGAGGGCUCUUUAUUAGGAAGCAAAGCUCAUCCUUCGCACAACUUCAGCAGCAUUGCUCGCCGGGAAUCUGAACAUGACACAAAUGAGCUAAUCCGAGCGCCGUCGACCACACACUCCUUGAGCCACGAGCUGCACUCUCCUAUGUCGGGUGAUUCUCUCAACGAUUUCCAGUCAACUACCAAUAGUAUUGAGUCUGAACGCCUAUUGGGAAAUUUUGCUGAUCCACCAGAUUCCUUUGUGGGAUCCGUGACCAAUUGUUCGAUCGCAUUAUGCGCUGACAUCGUUUCGGAACCCAUUUCUGCGAACCCACCGACCUGUAUCACCGUUGAUCGAUGGACUUCGUGCGUGACUGAACCACACACAGCUGUACACUGUACGACUGAGUUCGAAUCUACUUAUGUUCAGGCGAUACCAAACAUGGUGGAUGCCUCUGUGUCUCCUUCGAGACCGUUGUGCUACUCGCCUCUUUUGACGAACGACGAUUCCGCCGUGAGUAGUAGCUUUUAA